GACUGCUCGCCCUGCAGUCAUGGGCCAAUGAUGGCCUACCAGCCAACCAACCGUGGUCGGUACGGCGUUGAAAACAAUUUUAUUUAUUAAUUAGUGCAAAGUGUUUUAAGUGUUUGAUGCGUUAAAUGUGCGUUAAAAAUGUCGAAUCCCGGCGGUAGCAGAAGGAACGGGGCCGUCAAGAUUCGCCUGACGAUACUAUGCGCCCGUAACCUCGCUAGGAAGGAUCUUUUCCGUUUGCCCGAUCCAUUUGCUAAAAUAACUGUCGAUGGAUCCGGUCAAUGCCACAGUACCGAUACAUGCACAGCUACGCUAGACCCAAAAUGGAAUCAGCAUUACGAUUUGUUCAUCGGAAAAAACGAUGGAAUUGCAAUAUCGGUUUGGAAUCGUAGAAAAAUACAUAAAAAACCAGGAAGUGGGUUUUUAGGCUGCGUUAGGAUACUUUCCAACACAAUUCAGAGAUUGAAAGACACUGGUUACCAGCGUUUGGAUCUCUGCAAGGCUCAUUCAGACGAUGCUGAUGUUGUGAAAGGGCAAAUAGUAGUAUCUCUUUUAUCGCGUGAUGGCCACAAUGGCGCAGUAAGUAAUACAGUUGGUCACAACGCAGUUGUCGAUGUGCUCGGCGAUCUGAGUUGUCCAACGGUUCUCCCAGAUGGUUGGGAAGAGAGACGGACUGGAAACGGACGUCUUUACUACAUCGAUCACUUAAACAGAAGUACUCAAUGGGUGCGGCCCAAUUCGCGACCUGGAAACCCAAUAAUACCGACGACACUUGAGUCGCUACCUGCUCCAGGAUCAGAGCCAACAUCACCGAGUGGAAGCGGUAGUCCUCAGAAUACACGGAAUCAAAGUCCAACACCUCAUACCCCAGAACGAAAUGGGGGUGAAGUGGGGCAGCAGAAUAGAACUCCAGUGAGAGAGAACUCUGCUUGUAAUACAUCGACGCAAAGUCAAAAUGUUAUACAAAAUCUGCGGAAUACAACUACAAAUAAUUCCACAAGAGAACGAAGGACCCCAAGAAGCAACGAUGAGCAGAAUGGAAACAGAUUACCUAAUGGUAGUCAGGCAAGGAGAACUAAUAGAACAAAUAGGAAUAGGAACAGCAUCAUGGCUAGUGGAGAACGAAGGAAUGAUAAUCAACCCUCAGAUUUGCCUCGGGGAUACGAGUUGAGAAAAACGCAACAAGGGCAGGUGUACUUUUACCAUGUACCAAGUGGUGCGUCAACAUGGCACGAUCCAAGGAUUCCUCGUGAUUUACCAGCUAAUGAAUUGGCAAAUGAACUCGGCCCACUCCCUAGUGGGUGGGAAAUGCGACAGACCCAAACAGGGAGGGUUUACUUUGUAGAUCACAACAACAGGACGACGCAAUUCACGGAUCCCAGAUUAUCGGGACAGAUAAUCAGCAAUUUGUUAAAACGACAGAGUCCUCAAAAUGGAACUUCGAGUCAGGUUCAGUCAACUCCGGUUCGAAACCCGGCUACGCCUAGACUUGAGCUGCCAGGAAAUGAGACACCUUUGACUCCGGCAGUUUCAUCACCAUCGCAAAACCUGUCCAGACCUAGGACUGAAGGAGCAAGCAAUAAUAAUUCUCCUACGUCCGAAAGUACACCUACGCAAAAUGGACAGACAGUUUCGGAUCUGCCUAAGGAACUCAUGGAAAGUGAGCUGCUUCCUAAAUAUAAACGAGACCUGGUAGCAAAAUUGAAGUGCCUCAGGGCUGAACUCAAUGCCCUACAACCUCAGAGUGGUCAUUGCAGAUUAGAAGUAUCGAGAAACGAAAUAUUUGAGGAAUCGUACAGGCUGAUAAUGAAGAUGCGGCCUAAAGACAUGCGUAAGCGACUGAUGGUGAAAUUUCGUGGUGAGGAGGGACUGGAUUAUGGUGGGGUGGCGCGUGAAUGGCUUUAUUUGUUAUCUCACGAAAUGUUGAAUCCCCAGUACGGUCUUUUCCAAUAUUCUCGAGACGACAAUUACACCCUACAGAUAAAUCCUGACUCCGGUAUCAAUCCUGAACACCUUUCGUACUUCCACUUUGCCGGUAGAAUAAUUGGCAUCGCUGUGUUUCACGGUCACCAUGUUGACGGAGGAUUCACAACACCAUUUUAUAAAAUGCUACUCAACAAAGCCAUUACCCUUUGUGAUAUCGAAGGUGUUGAUCCCGAGCUGCAUAGAAGUCUAACGUGGAUGCUAGAAAAUAGCAUAGACGGGGUAUUAGAUGCAACGUUUUCGGUGGAGCACAGUAGUUUCGGAGCCCUUAAAAAUCACGAACUAAAACCUGGCGGUAAAGACAUUGCUGUUACGGAGGAAAAUAAAAGAGAAUAUGUAAGACUGUACGUAAAUUACCGAUUCAUGCGGGGAAUAGAACAGCAGUUUCUAGCUCUUCAAAAAGGAUUUCACGAGCUGAUACCCCCACAACUGCUUAGGCCUUUUGACGAAAGGGAACUCGAACUAGUUAUCGGGGGAUUAGGCACCAUUGAUAUUAAUGAUUGGAAAAUGCACACAAGACUAAAACACUGCACACCAGACACUCCCAUAGUUAAGUGGUUUUGGCAGAUCGUCGAAUCUUACGGUGAAGAAAUGAGAGCAAGAUUAUUGCAAUUUGUUACUGGCAGCUCGAGGGUUCCUCUACAAGGUUUCAAAGCGCUCCAAGGCUCAACAGGAGCUGCCGGACCUCGUCUCUUCACCAUCCACGCCAUCGAUGCUCCGUGCGAAAAUUUGCCCAAAGCUCAUACCUGUUUCAACCGGAUCGACAUCCCACAAAAUUAUCAAAGCUAUCAGAAAAUGCUGGACAAACUAACACAGGCUGUUGAAGAAACUUGUGGUUUUGCUGUCGAAUAAUAGGUAAAAUGAAAAUGUGUUAUUAUUUUCUUUACGCCAAUAUCUUGAGUUGGGCCCCGUUUCAGCAUUUUCAGUGUAUAGAUGUACAUAAAGAGUGAGAAGACUAUGGUACGAUUACCAAAGGUAGAGAGUACGUACAGUUCGAUUUUGGCUCGUAAUCAUUCUCAAGUGGUUUCAGGCUUAACGGUGACUUUAGCUAUGAUUCAGCAGUCAGUUUAUUGAAGAAAGAACAAAAAAUUAAUUAUCUUCAUUUCGAAAAAAUUUGGCUCCACAUUCGACAUAUAUUAUGUUCAGAAAUCACUCGGUCUAAUGCUAGUUUUUCUUCUAAUUUAGUUCAAAGCUAACUAUUUUUUACAUCGAAUGUCACCCUAAAUAGACAAACACAACCAUUAAUUUCCAAAUACCACCGAAGUGAACAAUUCUAUUUUUUUUACAUGUUUUCUGUUUUCUCCCUCGUCAUGCAGCUUUUGACUAGAUCAUGUAAUUCGUAUUACUGCCGUUUACUUGCUCUGUCAUAUCAUAGCUAUUUGUAUUAGAAAUUUGUAAAUAAGCAUAGAUAUAAAUUUAAUCGGAUAUGAAAAUACAUAUAUUGAAAAAAUUUAUCGACGUAAGGAAUCAUAUAGAAAAAAAAACGAAUAGGUAACAAAUUGAAACUUCUUAUACCAGCUUCAUAUUGUUUAUUUAAAUUAAUAGUAUUUAACAAACAAAAUUUUAUACAUAUGUAUAUGUAUAUGCGUUUAUAUGCAUAUAUAUAUUUGUGUCUGUACUAAAAUGAACGUUGGAUUAAUCACAAUCAAUAACUUUAAUCGUGAUUUUAUAACUCAUUUUUAACUUCGAUUCUAUAAAUUCACUUAUAAUUCUCUAUCUUCGGUAUGCCGUAAUUGGUAAUAAGUAAUUAUUAAAUUAAUAUUGCAAUGAUAAUGGUAAUAAUUGCUUGAGGUGAUCAUUGCUGUUGUUGUUGGCGUUGUUAUUAUUAUCAUUAAUAUUAUUAUUCUUAUUAUUAUUAUUAUCAUUAUUAAUAAUGUUAUUAUUGAUAUAUCUUUAUACUGUGAUUGACAAUAUUAUAAAAUGAAAAUUGAAGCGAAAAAAAAAUAUGUGAUUAAUCAGAGCGACAUUCAUUCACUAUUGAUAUUUAUAAAGCAUACUUAACUAAUUCAAAACAUCAUAUGCAUACAUUAUACACGUAAUGAAUAUUGUAGAUGUACAUAUUAUUUAGAAUUUUGUAUUUGCAUUUUGCACCUUAUUAUUUUUAUUUUAUCUGGUUGUUGAUAUUUUCCGUGUUCAUUUCGAAGGAGGAAAAAUAUUGAACUAAUGUGUACGUUCAACUUCGUUGAAUUUAGCGCGUUGAAUUUGAGAAGAAAAAUAUAGUUUGCACCCACGAUGGUAUAUUAUAAAUGCGAUAUAAUUUUAAUAUGCAAGCCUGUUUUUUUCGCAUUAUAAUAUUUCUGGAUAAAACGUGACUCAACUCUCCGAGAUGAAUCACCUACCAAAACAGACAAUCCUAAUUAUGCCGUUGAUCGAAAUUGCCAAUAUUGUGUGGCAUUCAGAAUUUUACCUAGUCAUAGAACAUUGAACACUGUAUUUGAAAAUUUUUUUAAUUUCGAUGGUAUCUGGUUACGUACACGGACAUUGGAGUAUCCUUUGCCUUUAGUUCGGGAGUUUUUAUUAUCUACUAUGCAUCUAUAAAAAGAUGUAUGUGACAGAAAUUACUCCAUGAUGAAACGCUGCUGGAAACGGAAGCUUCGACUGGUCUUGUAACAGAUCCAGAUACUUAUUAUUAAGGAGCUGUGUUGAUAGUGGUCUUUUCGUUUGAUAACACAUGAUGAUAUUAUAUUUAUGUAAUUAAUGAAUAAUUUCGCAUAUCGUGUACUAUCAGUAUGCGUAACACAUGUGUAGGUAUCGUAUGUGGUAAAACGAUCGGUCCCGGGUGACUACUCAUAUACGUACACAUGUUUUACAUUUUAUAGUUUUUUAAUUACAACAAUCAAUCAGAAUUGGUGAACGCAUAAGCCGGAAUUAUGCUAUCGGACUCCGGUUAAUUUUAUCAAUAACUGUGGUGAACAAAGUGGAUCCAGUUCGAAUAUUGAGAUACAAAAAGAAAUUUUCGAAGCUUGUGCCUUGUGCAUGCGAUCCUUUGAUUCAAUGAGAUCAAGUAAUGAGUGUAAUUGUCUUCAAUAGGGUUACCUUUUUAUUUACUGGAGUAACCAUGAAUCUAUCUAAAGGUAGUUUUUGAUAAGUCGAGGCAAUUGGCUGUUAUAAACGAGGAACAAUAUCGAUUUGUACGAAUAGUAGUGCCUUGUUAAUCAUGAUAUACUAAAUAAGUGAUUCAUACAUAAUACAAACGUAUGGUAUAAGCUCUCAAAAUUAUUCAGCAAUGCUCAUUUUGAAAAAAUCAGUGACUGAAAAUAUCUUGCGUACGAUAAAUUGUUCUAUCUUUUUUCAGGGUUCAAGUAUAUCCGUUGAAUCCGUUAGCUCUAAGUCCCGCGGGUCUCCUCUAAUCUCAGAUUAAUAGAAGAACUGAAAUCAAGCGAAUAGUCAUUGAUUUUUAUUCUUCUCCAUAUCCAUAAAAUCGGAUGGGCAUUACUUACGAUUGCAAUGAAAGCAAUGCACGUUUUAAAUGUAAAAAACAACUUUCGGUAUUUAUGUCCCAUAGUGGUCUGCUCUGAUUUAUUGCGAGCGUUGAAAAAAAGGAAGAUUUUCUCUCUGUGCCGAGUAACUGUUUAUACAAACUAGUACAUAUCUAGCGCAACAUUGAGCUUUACUUCGUCUCGUUAACAAUACAUUUUGCGACUACUUAAACAUGGUAAAGCCUAACAGAGGUUUCAAUCGUGAAGAUUUGCACCAACUGUAAUACGAAAAAAAUAUCAAUAUACUUAUAAAUGUGUAAUGUUAUGCCUUAGAUAGACCACGGUCUGGUGCAAUUUCGACCCCUUUUGCCUUGUGAAUGAGUAAAAAAUCUAUUUAUGAUAGACUGCAAUAGCAAAUGAAUAUAGCAAAUUGCUCUAACGUUAUAUGAAAGUAUCAACGUUAAAACGUUGCAUAUCAGAUGAUAUCUAUGUACGAAUGACGUAAAGGAUGAAUUCAAAAGAGUUCGUCUGGGAGGGUCAGUUGCUGUAAGCAGGAAAUACUGGCUAUUUGUGUUUAGAUUCAUCCA